GUUUUAAAUUGAAGAGAAAAUGUCCCUUUACGAUGACCUGGGGGUGGAGACCAGUGACUCUAAAACAGAAGGCUGGUCUAAAAAUUUCAAACUACUGCAGUCUCAGUUGCAGGUGAAGAAAGCAGCUCUCACACAAGCAAAGAGUCAGAGAACAAAACAAACAACAGUCCUUGCUCCAGUGAUUGACCUGAAACGAGGUAGCUCCUCUGAUGAGAGACAGAUUGUGGACACACCACCUCAUGUAGCAGCUGGCUUAAAGGACCCUGUCCCUAGUGGCUUUUCUGCAGGAGAGGUGCUGAUCCCUCUGGCAGAUGAGUAUGACCCCAUGUUCCCAAAUGACUAUGAGAAGGUGGUGAAACGGCAGCGAGAGGAGCGGCAGAGGCAGCGUGAGCUGGAGAGGCAGAAGGAGAUUGAAGAGAGAGAAAAAAGACGUAAAGACAGACAUGAAGCCAGUGGGUUCUCAAGAAGACCUGAUCCAGAUUCUGAUGAAGAUGAAGAUUAUGAAAGGGAGAGACGAAAAAGAAGUAUGGGAGGAGCUGCCAUUGCACCACCCACUUCUCUUGUUGAGAAGGACAAAGAACCUGUUGCCUCAUUUCCAUAUGAAGAGGAGUCAAGACCUCGGGCACCAUCUUCCAAAGCAGCUAUUCCUCCUCCAGCCUACGAUGAGCCAGAAAGACCUCGUUCCCCCACAGGACCUAGCAACUCCUUCCUUGCCAACAUGGGAGGGACAGUAGCUCAUAAAAUCAUGCAGAAAUAUGGCUUCAGAGAGGGCCAGGGGCUGGGCAAGCACGAACAGGGGCUGAGCACAGCACUGUCAGUAGAGAAAACCAGCAAGAGGGGUGGCAAGAUCAUUGUUGGAGAAUCUACAGAGAAAGAAACGGGCAAGAAGGCAGAUUCCAACCCCUUGACUGAGAUCCUGAAAUGCCCAACUAAAGUGGUCUUGCUAAGGAACAUGGUAGGUGCUGGGGAGGUGGAUGAAGAUCUAGAAGUCGAAACUAAAGAGGAGUGUGAGAAAUAUGGCAAGGUUGGGAAAUGUGUCAUCUUUGAGAUUCCUGGUGCCCCUGAUGAUGAAGCUGUAAGAAUAUUUUUAGAGUUUGAACGGGUUGAAUCUGCCAUCAAAGCCGUGGUGGAUCUGAAUGGAAGAUACUUUGGAGGCAGAGUCGUGAAGGCUUGUUUCUACAACCUGGACAAGUUCAGAGUACUGGAUCUGGCAGAGCAAGUUUGAUUUUAAAAAUCUGGCUCGAGGUGUCACUGUUUUGGCAAUCACGUUUUCAGGGGUGGGCUGGGAGUGGAGGAGAGGGAAGCAGCUUUCCUAGCAAACUGGAAACAGGCCUCAUUGAAUGGAUUUUUCACAUUCGUUGUGACUUACUUUUUUUUUUGUAAUAUAAAGCCCUUUGAAAGUAAGAGUCACGUCUGUGUGGUUUUGAAUUGCACAAUUCUGCUUGUUGCUCUGGGGAUCCUGGGUUUUUUUUUGACUGUUCUUUUGAAAACCCACUGCUGAGGAGAUGCUUUGUCUGUAUUCCUGCUUUCC